UAAAAUGCUCUGGAUAAGGCUACAGGGAGGUCCUAUUUGCCACAGACACUCAUACAUGUAAAAUAAGGUCAGAGGAUGUCACCAGCAAAGCUUUAUAUUGAAGGAGGACAGCAGAGCCUGGGUUUGUUUACUGAAGAGAGAAAAGCUCAGCUGUGCUCCACAAGCUUUACAAUUCAGCAAUAUGAAAACCAAGGCACUGAUUCUCUUCAUGUCUGCAAUGAUCUGUCAGUCCACAGUUUCGAGAGCAGCAUUCACUGGCAUGGAUACAUCUGAGCCCAUUCCAGACUCCAAGCAGCACUAUCUCUCAGUGGAGCGGAGGCAGUUUGACGAGCCCAGCACUUCAGACGACGCAAGCCUUUGCUUUUUCAUUCAAGAAAAAGACUAUUCGAGUCAUAUUUCCUGCAAACAUCGAUUAACACGCAGUAAAUUCAACUACAACACGUUUGGGCUGCGCUUUGGGAAGCGAAAUGAAGCGACUACUGACACCGACAGACCCAAACACAAGCACCUGCUGCCAAUGAUGCUUUUCCUGAGAAAACAAUUAUAGGAACUUCUUGAAAAUCACUCUUCUAUCAGAUGGAAGGAUGCUGUUUGCUUGGUUGAAAACUGUGGGUAAUUAUUUCAGGCACGCUUCUCCUGUUAUGCUUUUUUAUUUCUCAAUCAUGGAAUUUUAUGGUGCAUUUGUUUCACUGAGUUACUGUAUUUGUGCAAUAAACGUUUUAUAUU